AUGAUAAUAGCUACAACCGCCGGGAGUAGUACUGCUAAACCAAGUACAGAAGUCACUGUACCUACAGGAACCACAAAAAGUAUGAUAGUUACAGUGUUAUUCAAUAAAAUGUGAAUUGAUUUCAGUCGUCACAACUGGUAAGCCGACGACGAUCAAUUUGGGACCAACUACGGCCAAGAUGACAACAGAACAUCAUUCCUCUCCGCGAACCACUAAACGUACUAGGGAAAAUGAUGUUUUAUAAUGUCGAAAGUACGUUCAGAUCCGAGCACAAGCUCCACGAGUAUCGGAACAAGAACGACUUCGGAUAAUGGAGGUGUUAUCAUCAGAAACGGAGAGCCGGUGUCAGUGCAACCGAGCCAAGUGACACAUAAACCGACGGGGACCAAGGGACCGAAAGACGAAGGUGUUGGUGAUGACAAUAAAGAUAAUGACAAAGACGACGAAAAAGAUGACGGAAAACCGAAGCCAAAACCAGGAUCUGUGCCUCAACCUGGUGGUGGAGGUGGUCCUGGAAGUCCCGGUGGCCCUGGAAGUCCCGGUGGCCCUGGAAGUCCCGGUGGCCCUGGAAGUCCCGGUGGCCCUGGAAGUCCCGGUAGCCCUGGAAUCCCGUUCCCUGGAAUCCCAUUCCCCGGCGGAGGUGGUCCUUCGCCCGGCGGAAGUAAAGUUCUAAAUUACCACUGCAGUAUGAUUCAUUUUUGAUUGAUUCAGAUGACGGGAACGACGAUGGUGACAAGGAUGAUGACGAAGAUGAUGAGAAAGAUGAUGAAGAUGAUGGUGGACCCAGUAAACCGGUUCCCCCAGUUGAGCCGCAAGGAAAACCGGAACCAGCAGCACCUUCUCCUGAUCCGAGAGCACAUCAAAAUAGCAAAACGACUAAAGGUGAGGUGGUACUUGUAGCUGAUGCUUUGAAAUCAUUUAUCUGUAGGUACAACUUCCAAGGAUCGUGUGACCACUGCUACCAGAACAAGUGAUAUCCGAUCAAGCAGCAGAUCAAGUACCCUGAUGACUUGGAUGAAACUAGUUUUACGUUACUUUUUCAGAGACGUCCAGCACAGGAACUCCUACUUCAGCCAUGACAACAGGUGGAUCCACUGGAUCGACACGUUUAACGAAGUCUGGAUCAACUACUGGGACCACGAGCACUUUGACAACCACGACUCCGAGUUCAUCAACCAACACAAGUUCGAUGUCAAGUACAAGUACCUCCGGGACCACUUCUGGUUCUAGUACGGAUGCGUCAACAACCACGAGUGGGAACUCGACAACUACUGGGACCAGCACGAGCACAGUGGCCCACAGUACAACGUCUGGUUCCACGGGGACCAGUACUGAUAGCUGGACCACCACUGGAUCAUCCAGUACUUCCACAACAACAACUUCUACCACUGAUGGAGUGACAACUAGUGGGACCACUACUACAAAUGGAACAACUACGGAUAGUACAUCUUCGACAACAUCUUUGGGGACUACGGAAGGUUUCACAACUUUUGGAUCUUCUAAUUUUCAAUCAUUUUCAGGUUCUUCGACGACGUACUGCCCUCCGUGGACCACAACUUCUUCCGCAUUCAGCAGUUCUAGCACCGAUUCAUAUUCUGGUUCGAGUACAGAGUCAACCAGUGGGACCACUCCAAUUGGAUGCAUACCGAUUGUGAUUGUUCCGAUUCCCCGUGAACCGCUAGGACCACCGCUCAAUGUGACUCCAACAACCACCAUUCCCAGUUUGAUGACGUCUGGACCUUCUGGACCGUCUACGGUUACGGCGAUAGGGGUGACAAGUGGGACGGCAAAGGGUUCGAGUACCACUACCACGCCUCCGACAUCUCCUACAACUUCUCAUGGAACAACAAGUACAUUGACAACUCGUAGCUCUUCUACGGCCACAAGAAGUACAACUACUGACAGUACAUCCACAAGUUCAAGUUCAAGCACGUCAACCGACUGGACCUCGACUGCUAUUCCGUCAAUCACUGGUAUGCCAACGUCGGGUAUAUUCAAAUAAAGUCCCCCCUUAUUGAAAAAAAUCCUCCCAAUAUCAUCCUAAGAAAGUCCCCCACCAGGGGCCGGGGGGCUGUUAUUGAAUGAAGUGGGGUGGUAUAAAUGAAUUCAGUAGGGGUUAUUUUGGAAAGGCUGCACUGAAAAGCAAACUGAGAACUUUUUCGUUAGCUUAGCGUCCUGGAAGCAGAUGCAUUGCCUAACAACAAGAACGCCCGGAAGUACUUGAAUCAGAAACCCCUCCCGCGCACUGAGACCCCACCGAGUUAGGAUUAAAGUCCUUCUUUAAAUGGAGUAGGGGGGGCUAUUAUUGAAUGGUGGGGGGCUGAUAUUUAAUGAGUUUCACACGAGUGGGGGGCUUUUUCAAAGUGUGGGGCUGUAUUUGAAUGGUGGGGGGGACUAAUAUUGAAUAUAUCCUCUGCUGAAAAGGAGGGGGGGUGGGGGGCUUUUCUUUAAGAAUACCUAGUUCUUAAACAAUAACCCCCCACUUUGCACUGGCGGGGGCGAUUGUUGAACAGAAGCGUUCAAGUAUGACCGGCCGACGUCAGGAAAAAGCCCCCACCUUUUUUGUACUGGUGGGGGGCUUUUCUAAGGUUGUUUAUAACCUGGACGGUUCUGCUGAGGUGGGGGGCUUUUCUUGAAUUUUCCCGCCAACGUCUUCUAGUACAUUACUGGAUAAGCUGGAACAUGAAUGAACUUUAGGUGUAACUACUACUACAACUCCUGGAAUAUCCACGAAUAGCGAGAGAAAAACGACAAUCGGAAGGACCACAUCAUUGGGAUCAACUAGUACUGUUAAAUCAAGUACAGAAGUCACUUCUCAAGGUAUUGAUGGUUGGGGUAUCUUAUUCAAAUAUCGAUUGAUUUCAGUUGCAACUACGGUCCUUAUCAGCACUUUUGUACCUACAAAAACCACAAAAAGUAUGAUAGUUACAGUGUUAUUCAAUAAAAUGUGAAUUGAUUUCAGUCGUCACAACUGGUAAUCCGACUACGAUCAAUUUGGGAAAAACUACGGCCAAGACGACAACAAAACAUCAUUCCUCUCCGCGAACCACUAAACGUACUAGGGAAAAUGAUGUUUUAUGAUGUAGAAAGUACGUUUAGAUCCGAGCACAAGCUCCACGAGUAUCGGAACAAGAACGACUUCGGAUAACGGAGGUGUUAUCAUCAGAAACGGAGAGCCAGUGUCAGUGCAACCGAGCCAAGUGACACAUAAACCGACGGGGACCAAGGGACCGAAAGAAGAAGGUGUUGGUGAUGACAAUAAAGAUGAUGACAAAGACGACGAAAAAGAUGACGGAAAACCGAAGCCAAAACCAGGAUCUGUGCCUCAACCUGGUGGUGGAGGUGGUCCUGGAAGUCCCGGUGGCCCUGGAAGUCCCGGUGGCCCUGGAAUCCCGUUCCCUGGAAUCCCAUUCCCCGGCGGAGGUGGUCCUUCGCCCGGCGGAAGUAAAGUUCUAAAUUACCACUGCAUUAUGAUGCAUUUUUGAUUGAUUCAGAUGACGGGACCGACGAUGGUGACAAGGAUGAUGACGAAGAUGAUGAGAAAGAUGAUGAAGAUGAUGGUGGACCCAGUCAACCGGUUCCCCCAGUUGAGCCGCAAGGAAAACCGGAACCAGCACCUUCUCCUGAGCCGAGAGCACAUCCGAAUAGCAAAACGACUAAAGGUGAGGUGGUACUUGUAACAGAUGUUUUGAAAUCAUUUAUCUGUAGGUACAACUUCAAAGGACCGUGGCACUACUGCUACCAGAACAAGUGAUAUCCGAUCCAGCAGCAGAUCAAGUACCCUGAUGGCUUGGAUGAAACUAGUUUUACGUUACUUUUACAGAGACGUCCAGCACAGGAACUCCUACUUCAGCCAUGACAACAACUGGAUCCACUAGAUCCACUUCGAAUCUGACUACAUCUGGACAGACACCCACUGGAACAUCUCCCACGGAGAACUCGACGCGUUCAACGAAAUCUGGAUCAACUACUGGGACCACGAGCACUUUGACAACCACGACUCCAAGUUCAUCAACCAACACAAGUUCGAUGUCAAGUAUAAGUACCUCCGGGACCACAUCUGGUUCUAGUACGGAUGCGUCAACAACCACGAGUGGGACCUCGACAACUACUGGGACCAGCACGAGCACAGUGGCCCACAGUACAACGUCUGGUUCCACGGGGACCAGUACUGAUAGCUGGACCACCACUGGAUCAUCCAGUACUUCCACAACAACAACUUCUACCACUGAUGGAGGGACAACUAGUGGGACCACUUCUACAAAUGGAACAACUACGGAUAGUACAUCUUCGACAACUUCUUUGGGGACUACGGAAGGUUUUAAAAUUGUUGGAUCUUCUAAUUUUCAAUCAUUUUCAGGUUCUUCGACGACGUACUGCCCUCCGUGGACCACAACUUCUUCCGCAUUCAGCAGUUCUAGCACCGAUUCAUAUUCUGGUUCGAGUACAGAGUCAACCAGUGGGACCACUCCAAUUGGAUGCAUACCGAUUGUGAUUGCUCCGAUUCCACGAGAACCGCUAGGACCACCGUUCAAUGUGAAUCCAACAACCACUAUUCCCAGUUUGAUGACGUCUGGACCUUCUGGACCGUCUACGGUUACGGCGAAUAGGGUGACAAGUGGGACGGCAAAGGGUUCAAGUACCACUACCACGCCUCCGACUUCUCCUACAACUUCUCAUGGAACAACAAGUACAUUGACAACUCGUAGCUCUUCUACGGCCAAAAGAAGUACAACUACUGACAGUACAUCCACAAGUUCAAGUUCAAGCACUUCAACCCACUGGGCCACGACUGCUAUUCCGUCAAUCACUGGUAUGCCAACGUCGGGUAUAUUCAAAUAAAGUCCCCCCCCCCCUCUAAUUGAAAAAAAUCCCCCAAUAUCAUCCUAAGAAAGUCCCCCCACCAGGGGGGCGGGGGGCUGUUAUUGAAUGAAGUGGGGUGAUAUAAAUGAAUUCAGUAGGGGUUAUUUUUGAAAGGCUGCACUGAAAAGCAAACUGAGAACUUUUUCGUUAGCUUAGCGUCCUGGAAGCAGAUGCAUUGCCUAACAACAAGAACGCCCGGAAGUACUUGAAUCAGAAACCCAUCCCGCGCACUGAGUCCCCACCGAGUUAGAAUUAAAGGAAAGCCCCCCCAAUGUGUCGUCAAAUGUAAUGCAAAGAUGUUAAAGAAAGCCCCCCAUCAGCGCGUCAUCUCGGAUACAUCGGAACAGUGUACCAUAAUUUGGGCGGUCAAAUACGAAAGCAAGUCGUUUUGGUCGUUUUCUCGUCGUUAUGAUCGUUUUUUCACCUCUUUUCGAUGCUUUUUUGCCCGAAAUUCAGAAAAAUCAUGAAAUGUGAAACAUUCAGUGUGUCGAAAUGAUUUAAAUGGAGUGGGGGCUAUUAUUGAAUGGUGGGGGGUUGAUAUUUAAUGAGUUUCACACAAGUGGGGGGCUUUUCUAAGUGUGGGGCUGUAUUUGAAUGGUGGGGGGGGACUAAUAUCGAAUAUAUCCUCUGCUGAAAAGGAGGGGGUGGGGGCUUUUCUUUAAGAAUACCUAGUUCUUAAAGAAUAGCCUCCCACUUUGCACUGGCGGGGGGGAGAUUGUUGAACAGAAGCGUUCAAGUAUGACCGGCCGUCGUCAGGAAAAAGCCCCCACCUUUUUUGUACUGGUUGGGGGCUUUUCUAAGGUUGUUUAUAACCUGGACGGUUCUGCUGAGGUGGGGGGCUUUUCUUGAAUUUUCCCGCCAACGUCUUCUAGUACAUUACUGGAUAAGCUGGAACAUGAAUGAACUUUAGGUGUAACUACUACUAAAACUCCUGGAAUAUCCACGAAUAGCCAGAAACAAACGACAAUCGGAAGGACCACAUCAUUGAGAUCAACUAGUACUGUUAAACCAAGUACAGAAGUCACUUCUCAAGGUAUCAAAAUUAGGGGAAUCUUUUCGAAAUAUUGAUUGAUUUCAGUUGUAACUACUGUUCCUAUCAGAAGCACUUUUGUACCUACAAAAACCACAAAAAGUAUGAAAGUUACAGUGUUAUUCAAUAAAAUGUGAAUUGAUUUCAGUCUUCACAACUGGUAAGCCGACGACGAUCAAUUUGGGAAAAACUACGGCCAAGAUGACAACAGAACAUCAUUCCUCUCCGCGAACCACUAAACGUACUAGGGAAAAUGAUGUUUUAUAAUGUGAAAAGUACGUUUAGAUCCGAGCACAAGCUCCACGAGUAUCGGAACAAGAACGACGUCGGAUAACGGAGGUGUUAUCAUCAGAAACGGAGAGCCGGUGUCAGUGCAACCGAGCCAAGUGACACACAAACCGACGGGGACCAAGGGUCCAAAAGAAGAAGGUGUUGAUGAUGACAAUAAAGAUAAUGACAAAGACGAUGAAAAAGAUGACGGAAAACCGAAGCCAAAACCAGGAUCUGUGCCUCAACCUGGUGGUGGAGGUGGUCCUGGAAGUCCCGGUGGCCCUGGAAGUCCCGGUGGCCCUGGAAGUCCCGGUGGCCCUGGAAGUCCCGGUGGCCCUGGAAUCCCGUUCCCUGGAAUCCCAUUCCCCGGCGGAGGUGGUCCUUCGCCCGGCGGAAGUAAAGUUCUAGAUUACCACUGCAGUAUGAUGCAUUUUUGAUUGAUUCAGAUGACGGGAACGACGAUGGUGACAAGGAUGAUGACGAAGAUGAUGAGAAAGAUGAUGAAGAUGAUGGUGGACCCAGUAAACCGGUUCCCCCAGUUGAGCCGCAAGGAAAACCGGAACCAGCAGACCCUCCUGAUCCGAGAACAGAUCCGAAUAGCAAAACGACUAAAGGUGAGGUGGUACUUGUAACAGAUGUUUUGAAAUCAUUUAUCUGUAGGUACAACUUCCAAGGACCGUGUGACCACUGCUACCAGAACAAGUGAUAUCCGAUCCAGCAGCACAUCAAGUACCCUGAUGGCUUGGAUGAAACUAGUUUUACGUUACUUUUUCAGAGACGUCCAGCACAGGAACUCCUACUUCAGCCAUGACAACAGGUGGAUCCACUGGAUCCACUUCGAAUCUGACUACAUCUGGACAGACACCCACUGGAACAUCUCCCACGGAGAAAUCGACACGUUCAACGAAAUCUGGAUCAACUACUGGGACCACGAGCACUUUGACAACCACGACUUCGAGUUCAUCAACCAACACGAGUUCGAUAUCAAGUACAAGUACCUCCGGGACCACUUCUGGUUCUAGUACGGAUGCGUCAACAACCAGGAGUGGAAACUCGACAACUACUGGGACCAGCACGAGCACAGUGGCUCACAGUACAACGUCUGGUUCCACGGUGACCAGUACUGAUAGCUGGACCACCACUGGAUCAUCCAGUACUUCCACAACAACUACUUCUACCACUGAUGGAGGGACAACUAGUGGGACCACUUCUAAAACCGGAACAACUACGGAUAGUACAUCUUUGACAACAUCUUUGGGGACUACGGAAGGUUUCACAACUUUUGGAUCUUCUAAUUUUCAAUAAUUUUCAGGUUCUUCGACGACGUACUGCCCUCCGUGGACCACAACUUCUUCCGCAUUCAGCAGUUCUAGCACCGAUUCAUAUUCUGGUUCGAGUACAGAAUCAACCAGUGGGACCACUUCGAUUGGAUGCAUACCGAUUGUGAUUGCUCCGAUUCCACGUGAACCGCUGGGACCACCGCUCAAUGUGACUCCAACAACCACCAUUCCCGCUAAAAGUACUUUGAAAACUUCUGGACCUUCUCGGCCAUCAUCUACGGUUACGGCUGCUAGGACGACGACCAGUUUGAGUACUGUGACAAGUGGGACUACAAAGAAAUCAAGUACCACUACCACGUCUCCGAGUUCUUCUAUAUAUAUAUAUUUAGUUCCGAGCACAAGCUCCACGAGUAUCGGAACAAGAACGACGUCGGAUAACGGAGGAGUUAUCAUCAGAAACGGAGAGCCGGUGUCAGUGCAACCGAGCCAAGUGACACAUAAACCGACGGGGACCAAGGGUCCGAAAGAAGAAGAUGGUGGUGACGAGGAUGACGGUGGAAAGGACGAAAACGGCGGAAAGGAUAGUGGUGGCGGAGGUCCUGGUGGCGGAGGUUUGAAUUCAAUCGUUGCAGCACAAUAAUGAAGGUUCUGUUUCAGGUCUCAGUGUUCCCGGACUUCCUGAUGGUCCUAGUGGUCCACGUACUGGAGGCGAUCGUGGUGAUGGUGGUGACGACGGCAAUAAAGAUGAUGGCAAAGACGACGAAAAAGAUGAUGAUAGUGAUAACGACAAAUCUGACGGAAAGCCGAAGCCAAAACCAGAAACUGUGCCUCAACCUGGUGGUGGAGGUGGUCCUGGAAGUCCCGGUGGCCCUGGAAGUCCCGGUGGACCUGGAAUCCCGUUCCCUGGAAUCCCAUUCCCCGGCGGAGGUGGUCCUUCGCCCGGCGGAAGUAAAGUUCUAAAUUACCACUGCAGUAUGAUGCAUUUUUGAUUGAUUCAGAUGACGGGAACGACGAUGGUGACAAGGAUGAUGACGAAGAUGAUGAGAAAGAUGAUGAAGAUGAUGGUGGACCCAGUAAACCGGUUCCCCCAGUUGAGCCGCAAGGAAAACCGGAACCAGCACCUUCUCCUGAUCCGAGAGCACAUCCGAAUAGCAAAACGACUAAAGGUGAGGUGGUACUUGUAGCUGAUGUUUUGAAAUCAUUUAUCUGUAGGUACAACUUCCAAGGACCGUGCUAGUACUAGGACGAAAAGCUCUAGAGCGACUACAGUGACCACUCGGAGUACUGUACGAACUACUAGAUCCACGACAACUGGGACGACUACAGAAGGUGCUUGGACAACAAAAAACUGAUGCAGUUGGAUACUUUUCAGUUGGGACCACAACUGCGCCGACUAGGACCACCGAGUCAACCACAAGUACGUCUACUGUGACCACUGGAUCCACGAGUAUCACCACAUCUGCAAGCUCGACCAGUUCAACGACAUCAACCACUGGGACCACUUCUGGUUCUAGUACGGAUGCGUCAACAACGACGAGUGGCAGCUCGACAACUACUGGGACCACCACUGACACAACUACGGACAGUACGCCUUCACAACUAUUGGAUCUUCUCAUUUUCCAUCAUUUUUAGGUACUUCAACCACUAUUGGCACCACAAUAACACGUGGAACAACUACAGGCUCUUCAACUUCCACUAGAGGUAACCGAAAGUCCCUGGAUCUCGUAGAACUAUGCGAUUUUUGAGGCCCAACGACUACAUCUGUUGGGACUAGCACUUUUGGCACAACUUUGAGUGUGAGAACCACCGGGACCAGCAGGACCACCACUGAUUUGAGUACAACUGCAGGCGUCACGACGCAAGGUGACAAUAUUUGAACAAUUAAAAAAUGAUGGAAUAUGGACGAGUUUCAGGUAUAACUACAACUCGAAGGCCUCCUUCCACGACGCUUCCUCCGAAAUCGACCCGUUCUAAUCCAAUGACGACGACAGUGUCGAGACAAAAAAAGUGCAAGACGGUGUGCGAGAAGGAUCCUUCGCCUGGUCCUGGUCCCCGACCGCCGGGCACUCCGGCACCACGAACAGCGCCGACGAAACCGACGAAACCGGGAGGGACCACGACGAAAAGUACGAAGAGCACAAGGAGCGAUGGAACCACAACGACGUCUGGAGCCACGAGUAUCUCGGGAACUUCUGAAUCCACUUCCACGUCAUCGAGCACACGAAUCUGCACGACGAGCACCGGCGGAACGUCUUCGACGAGCGGAACCACUGGAUCGACCACUUGGGACCCGUGCAUCAGCACUUCCACUUCUGAACGCACCACCACCGGGACCGUGACGACGACGGAGGGCUCGACGACGACUUCCGGCACUUCAACCCCCUCUGAUGUGUCCUCGACGACGUCAGGAACGUCUUCAACGACGAUGAGCUCGAGCUCGACGUCGACAGAUUCUUCUUCGUCGACGUCAAUGUCGACGUCGUCGGAGGCGGCGCCAGUGGCCGAGAGAUUGCAGUCGCUGAAGACGUGCAAGCGGAACUACGACGACAUGGAGUGUCCGGGAUUCUGCGACGAGUUGGGCGCCGCGAGCAAGAGCGCCGAGCAGGGAAUCCACGUGGCGCCCGAACCCUAGUGAGAGUUCUUUCCGCCGCAACCGUCGCCACUUUGCAACCCAUCGACACUCUUUUCAGCAACUGGAUAUGGAUCAUCUUCCUCUCCGUUCUUCUCUUCAUCAUCUACACCAUCAACUUGAUCCUAGGUACCAUCAACGGAAUGUUCGAGUGUGAGUUUCACAUUUUCUCGGACGGAUAAUAUCGAUUUGUGUUCAGGGCGUCGACGAAAAGCUGAAAAUCAUGAGAGCGAUCUGGAAAAUGAUCCGGAAAAAGAGGAAGAAGAAGAGGAAGAAGAAGAAGAAGAAGAAAGACCAAGGGUACCAAAGCGGGAACCUGAAAAGAUUCUGAAACCAGUGGGACCGGUUCAAAAGCUCAAGAGUCCCCAAGAAGCGAAAAAGAAGAAGGAGCCAAAGAGACCACUGAAACGGACCUCAAAGACCAAGAAGCAAAAGUCCCGAAUGCCACAAGAUCCGAGUGUAAAGACCAAAAAAGUGCGAGCAUGGAAAGGUGAGCCCUAAAAUUUUUGCUUUGCACCAAAAAUUUUCAAAUUCUAGGAAGUCAAUAUGAGGACGGAGGCGUCGGACGGUCCAAAAAGAUCUACGUCUGA